CUGCGCAUGUGCAGGACCCAGCAGGUCUAGAGCUUCUCUGUGUCUCUCCGGACUUCGAGCCAUGGCGGUGACGGAAGCGAGCCUGUUGCGCCAGUGCCCGCUGCUUCUGCCACAGAACCGGUCGAAAACCGUGUAUGAGGGAUUCAUCUCGGCUCAGGGAAGAGACUUCCACCUUAGAGUAGUGUUGCCUGAAGAUUUACAACUGAAGAAUGCAAGAUUAUUAUGUAGUUGGCAGCUGAGAACAAUACUUAAUGGAUACCAUCAAAUAGUACAACAGAGGAUGCAGCACUCUCCUGAUCUAAUGAGCUUUAUGAUGGAGUUGAAGAUGCUUUUGGAAGUUGCCUUAAAGAAUAGACAAGAGCUAUAUGCGCCACCUCCUCCUCCCCAGUUCUACUCAAGCCUUAUUGAAGAGAUAGGAACUCUUGGUUGGGAUAAACUUGUGUAUGUGGAUACCUGCUUCAGUACCAUCAAGUUAAAAGCAGAAGAUGCUUCUGGUAGAGAGCAUUUAAUAACUCUCAAGUUGAAGGCAAAGUAUCCUGCAGAAUCACCAGAUUGUUUUGUGGAUUUUCCUGUUCCAUUUUCUGCUUCCCGGACACCUCAGGUAAAUUCUCCUCAGAGCUCCUUAAUAAGCAUUUAUAGUCAGUUUUUGGCAGCAAUAGAAUCACUAAAGGCAUUCUGGGAUGUUAUGGAUGAAAUCGAUGAGAAGACCUGGGUACUUGAGCCAGAAAAACCUCCACGGUGUGCAACAGCACGCAGAAUUGCAUUAGGGAAUAAUGUUUCCAUAAAUAUAGAGGUAGACCCCAGGCAUCCUACUAUGCUUCCUGAGUGCUUCUUUCUUGGAGCUGACCAUGUGGUAAAACCCCUGGGAAUUAAGCUGAGCAGGAACAUACAUUUGUGGGAUCCAGAAAAUAGUGUGCUACAAAACUUGAAAGAUGUUUUAGAAAUUGAUUUUCCAGCUCGUGCUAUCCUGGAAAAAUCUGAUUUUACUAUGGAUUGUGGAAUUUGUUAUGCUUAUCAACUUGACGGUGCCAUUCCUGAUCAAGUGUGUGAUAAUUCCCAGUGUGGACAACCUUUCCAUCAAAUAUGCUUAUAUGAGUGGCUGAGAGGACUACUAACUAGUAGACAGAGUUUUAACAUCAUAUUUGGUGAAUGUCCAUAUUGUAGUAAGGUAAGCAAAUUGUUAAUCACAUCUCAUAAAAUGUGCCUAGCUUUCAGUAAUAUGUUCUAGAAGACAGAUCUAUAUAGUAUAUCAGCUUAUCUAAAACUUUUGAAACUUUAUUCUCUUCAUUUUUAUUUUUCAAAUUCUCUGAUCAAAAACAUUAAACUCCUUUUCUAGAUUUCCUGGGUGAUCUGAAACUUCAGAAAAGUGUUUUCCAAACUGUACUAUGACACUAUUUCUAGUAUAAAACAAUUUUAUUUUUUAGAGUGUCCAUAAACUUUCUUAAAAUAUGUUCUCUUUUUAAAGCCAAUUACCUUAAAAAUGUCUGGGAGGAAACACUGAAAUAAGAAUAUAACAUUUUGGUGAAGAGCUGGAAACGUCAAAAAUUAUCAAAAGGAAUUUUGAUAUCUUCAGAGAAAAUAUAAAGCAAGCAAUACUAACAUCAAAAGGACAGGUAUGAUGAUGCCAUAAUAAUAAACAUCUGCGUUUGUCUCUUCACUAAGAGUAAACUGGGAAAUUGUAGGCCAAAGUCCAGUUGAACUUUCUGUGAUCCCCGUGCUGACUGUGGAAGUGUAUUUAUACCAAGGUGGAGAUCUUGACUUCUUGAAUAUAUCUGGACUGGUAAAAUCUUGAUGAGGUUCAUAAAAUGAGUUUGGGAAUUGUCUGUAGUUCAAUUUUUGUGGGAAACUGUUUGCUUCAUUCAAAAGUUCUUAGGACUCUUGAUAUUUCUCUCUUAUCCUUGUGCUUUCCUAUGGAAAAAAUACAUAUAUAGUUUGUUAGAUGUGAGUUAUCCAAGUAUUUAUUUUGUGUAAUGUAUAAGAAUGCUAAAUAAAAUGUUAUACAAGAUCAA